AAUAAGAAAAUGAUGUUACUAACUUGGUGCCUUGGCGACUCUAUAAGUAGUACGAAGUUUUGUUGAUGAUCAGUAAUCCUUUCAGUCAUGAAGAGCAAGAAAACCAUCUGCUUCUGCAUCCCAGCCUGGAAACCCAAAGAAGAGAAUGAUCAAGAGAAGCCCGAUGACGAAUCCCUUUCCAGCUCUCGUCGGCGGCGGAGCAAGAGAAAAGGAGAGCACGUCGUCUCAACGGCUCAUAAUAAUGAUCAUGGUGAAGGCAACACAGGAACAGCUCAUGAGAUCCGACAGGCGAAGGCCCGGUGGGGAGAGCUUGAUGAGGACGACGGAGACGACCUGGACUUCCUUUUGCUGCCGCCGAAGGAGGUGAUCGGGCCCAACGAGAACGGCGUCAAGAAGGUGAUUGAGUACAAGUUCAAUGAGGAGGGCAAAAAGGUCAAGAUCACUACUACGGUUAGGACUCGGAAAGUCGCCAAAGCUCGGCUCAGUAAGCAGGCCGCGGAGCGCCGCUCGUGGGCCAAAUUCGGAGAGGCUGUCAAUGAGAACGUCGGCGAAAGCCGGACCUUGGUCUCCACUGAAGAGAUCCAACUUGAGCGCCCUAAGGCUCCUGGUAGUAGCAAGGCAGCAAAACCAGAACCUUUGGCCCCCAAAAACAAUGCUACUUACAUCAAAUGCAGGUAUUGUAAGGGUGAGCACUGGACUUCAAGUUGCCCGCACAAGGAUCUUUUCCAAGAUACCGAAGUAUCUGAAGUACCUGUCUCAGAUAACCAAACUCCAGGAGCCAGCAAGACUACAUAUGUUCCUCCAGGCUUGAGACCUAGGGCAGACAAAACUGAAGUUAGACCAAGAAGGGAUGAAAAUUCUGUGCGUGUCACCAACCUUUCAGAGGAUACACGGGAGCCCGACUUGCGGGAACUUUUCCUGCCUUUUGGCGAAGUAAGCCGUGUUUAUGUUGCUCUUGACAAAGAAACUCAAGUCAGCCGAGGAUUUGGUUUUGUUAACUUUUUGAGGAGGGAAGAUGCCCAGAAAGCCAUCAACAAAUUGAAUGGAUAUGGUUACGACAAUCUCAUUCUUAGUGUUGAAUGGGCCGCACCCAGGCCAAAUUAGAGCCUUCUUCCUCUGCUUCGUCCUCUCUGUUCCUUUAUUCUUAUAUAUCAUGAUAAUUGCAUUAGAUAUGUCUAUUAAGAAGGCUUUGAAGUCUUUUGGGUCCUAUGGCGGUUUUGUUCAGUUGUAUUAAGAUCCCAUUUGAGAUUGCUUCUUUUUAUAAAAAAAAAAUCAUUUUUUGA